AUGCGCCUCAACAGCUCCGCGCCGAGCCCCGCGGGCGCGCCGGGCUCCCACCCCUUCCCGCGGCCGCAGUCCGCGCUGGGGACGGCGCUCCUGGCCCCGGGCUUCGGCAACGGCUCGGGCAACGCUUCGGAGCACGUCCUCGCGGCGCCCAGCAGCGAUCUGGACGUGAACACCGACAUCUACUCCAAGGUGCUGGUGACGGCCGUGUACCUGGCGCUCUUCGUGGUGGGCACGGUGGGCAACUCGGUGACCGCGUUCACGCUGGCGCGCAAGAAGUCGCUGCAGAACCUACAGAGCACCGUGCACUACCACCUGGGCAGCCUGGCGCUGUCCGACCUGCUCAUCCUGCUGCUGGCCAUGCCCGUAGAGCUGUACAACUUCAUCUGGGUGCACCACCCCUGGGCCUUCGGCGACGCCGUCUGCCGCGGCUACUACUUCCUGCGCGACGCCUGCACCUACGCCACGGCCCUUAACGUGGCCAGCCUGAGCGUGGAGCGCUACCUGGCCAUCUGUCACCCCUUCAAGGCCAAGACCCUCAUGUCCCGCAGCCGCACCAAGAAGUUCAUCAGCGCCAUCUGGCUGGCCUCGGGGCUGCUGGCCGUGCCCAUGAUCUUCACCAUGGGCCAGCAGAACCGCAGCGCAGACGGCCAGCACCCCGGCGGGCUGGUGUGCACACCCAUCGUCCACACCGCCACCGUCAAGGUUGUCAUCCAGGUCAACACCUUCACGUCCUUCGUGUGCCCCAUGGUGCUUAUCUCGGUCCUGAACACCAUCAUCGCCAACAAGCUCACCAUCAUGGCCCACCAGGCGGCCGUGCAGGGUGAAGUGUGCACAGCAGGGGACCCGCACAGCACCUUCAGCAUGUCCAUGGAGCCUGGCAGGGUCCAGGCCCUGCGGCACGGCGUCCGUGUCUUACGCGCUGUGGUCAUUGCCUUUGUGGUCUGCUGGCUGCCCUACCACGUGCGGCGUCUGAUGUUCUGCUACAUUUCAGAUGAGCAGUGGACUCCGUUCCUCUACGACUUCUACCACUACUUCUACAUGCUGACCAAUGCGCUCUUCUACGUCAGCUCCACCGUCAACCCCAUCCUCUACAACCUCGUCUCCGCCAACUUCCGCCACAUCUUCCUGUCCACGCUGGCCUGCCUCUGUCCCGUGUGGCGGCGCAGGAGGAAGAGGCCGGCCUUCUCCAGAAAGGCCAACAGCGUGUCCAGCAACCACACCUUCUCCAGCAACACCACCCGGGAGACGCUGUACUAG